AUGGCGACACAUGCACCAUCGGGAUCAUCGCCUAACAUUCAGAAUUUAUCGCUUGAUUCAUACAGCCAGUCGAAUCAUAUUGACCUUACCCUAGAAGACGAUGAACCCAAUUCUUCUGAGAGCGUUUUCAAUUCUGGCAUCCCGAAGCGCCCAACAACCGAUUAUCAUUCCCCUCCGCCCAGGCAGAGUAUGUUUUAUGAUCCAGUGCAUUCAACUGAACACCAGCAAUCUUAUGCUAAAUACUCUCUUCCAAAUCAACUGCCGCUCGCAUACCAUUCUCCUCCAAUGAAGCCCAGCAUAUUUUCACCACUUGACCAGUCAUCUUUUAAUUCGUCGCCCCCACCGCUUCACCCACAGUCUUCCAACUAUCGUCCCGUUUUUGCUGGUCUACCACAAGCGCCACGGAAUACGUCUACUCAACUACCAAUUACAGGCGGUGCGCGCACCUUGCCUCCUCUUGUUCCAACUCGUCAAUCUUCAUCUGCUCCGCCCUCAAAUCAUCAGGUCAUUGAUCUUACCGACUCUCCGUCACCACCUCCUAGUCCUCGGCCUCGCCAACAGCCCAUGUCUUCUGCGUUACCCGAUGACCUUCAUCCCAAAACUCCAGUUUGCAUAGGGCAGCUCACAGUCACUGCACUUGUGCUAUACCCCGUGUCUUAUCUGCAAGGCCAGGAUUCAAUUAAUGAUGUCGAGUGGGCAAAUGUCCGCUUGCAGUAUGAACACAAUCCUCAGAGGGCAGGUGCAACUGAGACGAUACAUAUCAAGACGCCUAGUAGUAAAACAUCGUCGGGCGAACUUUCUCAAGGAGAAGCUUUUGGUGUGGUCGAACAAAAGGUCGCUACAGAUCUCGGCCCCAUGCUAGGUAAGGGCUUGAUCCGCUUAGAUGCAAAGGUGCGGCGUGGUUCGCCAAACCUUCCUAUACUACCUCUCCAGAUGCUGGUUUAUACGCCGAAAGGCAAUAUCGCUGUCGUUGGCAAUUAUCUGCAAUCAUGCGGUCUGAUGCUUGACCACCCCUCUGGCCCAUAUGAUAUCUCGCGCCUCAUGAACUAUCACUAUUGUAACCCGCAUGCUCCACCACCUGGGGGGCAUCGUUCAAUGCUUCCUUCCAGAUCUGGAUAUGCUGGUCCGGGAGGAAAUAGCCCUCGUUGGAAUGCUCCCAUGGUUUCCGGCAAAACAUUAGAAGUACAACGAAGCCAAAUUGAUGAGCUUUUCAAGAGUCUAAAAAGUGGAGACGAAUUAGCAGAGACAGAACCUAGUAAUGACAUAGGAACGACGUUGUAUCCUCAUCAAAAGAAGGCGGUUACUUUUCUACUCGAACGGGAGCGAGAGAAACGCUGCGCAGAUGGUCGCUACUCGUCAUUGUGGCAACCACGGAACGAUCUCCAUACCGGACAAUUAUCUUGGUUUCAUAUCGUUACCCAGAAAGAGGUCUUUCAAGAACCUCAAGAAUCCAAAGGUGCUAUUCUCGCAGAUGAUAUGGGUCUCGGCAAGACGAUCACUUGCGUUUCCCUUAUUGCAGCAACACUUGAUUCUGCACACGCAUUUGCUGCUACGCCCUUACCGCCUCCACCCGCGCCUCCUCCGGAACGGAGUAUGCUGGAGGAUCCCUUGACUGCUGCUCAUUUCGCGGGGAGUGUGUGGGGAAUACCAGAGGUUGAUUCGCCAUCAUUUUCCACCAAGGGCAAAGGAAAGGCAGCAAAAGCCCAGGACAAGGCCGAGGCUGAAUACGCUAGAGCGUGUCGUAUCAAGGCGAAAAGUCGGGCGACGCUGAUUAUAUGCCCUCUUUCCACCGUAUCGAAUUGGGAGGAUCAGUUCCGUGAGCAUUGGCGAGGAGAAGUCACUGUGGUCGGUGGCGGUGGGAUGAGCUGUUCCGCCGCCACGUUAUCUUCCUUGCAGAAUAAUUCCCCUCCAUCUUCUCAGGCUGAAACCAAAGUAGAAACGAAGCCACCUCUUCGAAAACGCGAUGGUCGACCACUUCGUGUCUACGUAUACCAUGGAAAUUCCCGACGACCAGACGCAGCAUUCCUUGCAGACUUUGAUGCUGUCAUUACUACGUAUGCGACCUUAGCAUCGGAAUACUCAAAGCAAAAUCGGAAGAUGGCAAAUGUAGAAGCCGAAGAUGAUGACGAUGGUAGCAGUGACGGGUACGGUGGGGUCGACAUUGACGAGCGCGGUAAUCAAGUACUCAAAUUGCCGAAACCAAAACGAGCGGGAAUGAAGAGGAAAAAGUCUUGUUCGAGCUUUAGUGCGUCUGAGGCGUCUAGUGCUUUGCAGACUAUACACUGGUUUCGUGUCGUGCUUGAUGAGGCUCAUUCGAUCAAGGAAACCCAGACUGUUGGCAGUCGUGCCUCUUGCGAUUUAAUGGCAGACCGCCGAUUAUGCCUCACAGGCACACCCGUUCAGAACAAGCUUGAUGACGUGUAUGCUCUUAUCAAGUUCUUGCGCUUGGAGCCUUUUGAUGACAAGAACAUAUGGACGGAGUUCAUUGGCACUCCAGUCAAAUAUGGGCAGUCAUUGGGUGUUGCACGUCUUCAGAUGAUCAUGAAGUGCAUUACCUUGAGGCGAACAAAGGAGUCGAAGGCUUCUGAUGGCCGUCGAAUACUCCAUCUCCCUCCACGUCGCGAUGAACUCCGGUAUCUGAAAUUUGAUCCGCAUGAGCAGACCAUCUACGAUCAAUUCUUCUCGGAGUCCAAAGCCGAGUUCAACGAGCUUUCCAACAAAAAUGAAGUUAUGAAGAACUACGUUGGCAUACUCCAAAAAAUCUUGCGUCUCCGACAGAUUUGCGACCACUUCGAGCUCGUGGAGGGUAAAGGACCACUAGGAGAUAUGCAGAACAUGGACCUUACCAGUUACGAAGACAUUGCCGCUGCCAUUGGGAAGGAAGGUCUCAAUCCUACUCGUGCAGCUGCGAUCGUUGCCUUGCUACGGGAAGCAGCUACAACUCAAUGCGUUGAAUGUGGAGAAGAGCUGUGUAUGUCUUCUGAUCAGCAGGGGCAGAUGGACGUUGGUGGUGGUGCCAUGGAUAUGGAUGGUCCGUCUGCACCCAAGCGAGGAAGGAAGACGAAAGGUUCCGGUUCCCGUGCCCCUACGCGAGCUAGUAGUCCAUCAGCACCGUCACUCGUCCUCACCCGCUGUCAGCAUUUGUUUUGCCUGGGAUGCUACCGUCAGUGUGUAUGCCCAGGUUGGCCAGAUGUUCCUACCGAUGUCCGCCGUUCAUGUUCGGCUUGCCAGACUGGUCUUUUACCGCAAGAUGCAGUUCGAGUUCGACCUGAUUGCUCGCCAGUUGAUUUUGGCGUCAAGAAAAAGCCGGUCAAGCGAGAAAAACGAACCAAAGGUGUUACACUCGAGAACUUCCAUCCGUCUACCAAAGUCAAGGCCUUACUCGGGGACCUUAUGCAAUUUUCCCGGGCAAACCCGCAUUCUGUCAAUUACGACCCUGAUUCAAUUGAGGUGGAAAUGGUAGAUAAUGAAGGCAAUAAACUCGACGAUGGCAUAAUCAAGACUGUUGUCUUCUCCCAAUGGACAACAAUGCUAGAUAAGAUCGAAGAUGCGUUGGAGACAGCUGGCAUCCGCUAUGAUCGUCUAGAUGGCACAAUGAAACGUGAUGACCGUACCCGUGCCAUGGAUGCAUUGAAACAUGAUCCCGGGUGUGAAGUCCUUCUAGUCAGUUUGAAGGCCGGAGGAGUAGGCUUAAACUUGACUGCCGCCCAACGCGUGUACUUGAUGGAUCCAUAUUGGAAUCCUGCAGUCGAGAAUCAAGCAGUGGAUAGGAUUCAUCGUUUAGGGCAGACACGCCCUGUAACAACAGUCAAGCUCAUCAUCGAGAAUUCCAUCGAGGAUCGCCUUCUGGAAGUGCAGCGCAAGAAGACCGAGCUGGCCAACAUGACUUUGGGUCAGAACUUCAGCAAAGCCGACAUGCUACAACGACGCAUGGAAGAGCUGAAUCAGCUCUUCGCAGCGUAA